GUGUCUUUGCAGAAUACCAAAUUGAAUUUGACAAGUCUAUAUUUAAUUUUAGUUAGUUUUAGAUAUGAGUUGGCACGCCAGAAUUGGGCCCACUGAUUUCAAGUUUACAAAAAGCAAACACCAAAAGGCAAUUCAAAUUUGAAGUGCCGGCGUAACUUAGUGUGUUUUUAUCGCUGUGUAGUUUGUGUAGGUACUUAAUAAUCCUUUUUAAAUAGGAAAAGUAAUAAAACUGAGCAAAUAACCACUUCUUGUAAUAAGAGAUAAUGGCAAAUGAUAGAGAAGUGUUACGUGAAAUAUGGGAUGGAAAACUGCCCAUUUGUUUCCAACUAGCUCAAGAGGAAAUCAUGGAAAUUCAACAACCUGACCCUUUCUACGUUAUGGUGCCAAGGCUUAGUUACUUUCCAUUGGUCACUGAUAAGAUGAAAAGGCAUUUCCUACGUUUUAUAUCUCAAGAAAAUGCAGACAGUGAAAUGUGGUUAGAUUAUAAUGGACAGCCACUUAAAUGGCACUAUCCUAUUGGUUUUCUUUAUGAUCUCUUCUGUGGCAAUGAUCCACAAUUACCAUGGACCCUCACAGUACAUUUUACCAAAUUUCCUGAAGAUGUCAUUUUACACUGUCCUAACAAAGAUAUUGUUGAGGCACACUACAUGUCCACAGUCAAAGAAGCUGAUGUAUUAAAGCACCGUGGGCAGGUUAUGUCUACUAUGCAGAAAAAAGAUCAUAAUCAGUUGUGGCUGGGUUUACAAAAUGAUAAGUUUGAUCAGUUUUGGGCGAUAAACAGAAGACUAAUGGAGUCCCAUGGUGACAAUGAAGGAUUCAAACAUAUACCCAUAAGAUUAUAUUCUGACGAUGGAACAUGCAAUCAGCGUUUAGUCAGCCCAAAGAAUGGUGAUGGAAGUAGAAAGAAUUUAAAUCAAAUGAUAUCAGAGUUAUACCCUGAUAAAAAUGACGUUAAGUUCAGAACACAUGGUGUAACACUUCCUUUAGACACACCUCUACAAUGGCUGUCAGAACACAUGAGUUACCCUGAUAACUUCCUUCAUUUGUGCUUAUGUUGAAAAAAUAAUGUAUCAGUAUCGACUAUUUUACUGGACUCUGAAAUAUUAAUGUUGGCAGAUUUACAUUCAUACAUUAGCUAGAUCAUUUUUAUGGUAGAUUAACAAUGACGCUAAUUACUUUUGCGGUUGCACUGGCCGCUUUUACGGUGCCGGCGCUAUUAACACAAAUUUGGCGUCAGCAUCAUACUUUCAGAAACUGCAAUUCCUUUAAUGUAACUAUUUGUGUAAAGUAUUUUAUCUAUGAAUAGCUUAAAAUAAAGACUAAAUUAUUUAAAAUUUUAUCAAUAUCAAACCUGCUUAAAAAGGUAUCUGACGUAAACAGAUUCUGUCCUUAACCUCCUAAAGGAAAUUAAGAGUUCUUGUUUAUUAUAUUUAUUGAUUUAUAAAUCCAAAGAAGUUUCACUAGAACAAUUUCCGGUCCAUACAGCAGAUGGGACUCGAACCUCACAUCCACUAUCCGAGGAGAUGGAUGAUUUUGCCGCAAAAAAAACUUUCUAUAUAUAAAUUUAGCAGUUAAAUGCUUUAAAUAAAUAUAAUAAACUACCAUCAUCUUCUUUCAAAUGCCAAAAAAACAAAUAUGUACAGGUAAAAGUGUUACAUUUGAUAUCGUGCGUGGAUUACCUGCGAAGUGAUGAUGCUGCCUUGCAGCCUAAGAAAUACUAGAAAAAAUUUGACACGGCCAUGGUGGUCGUGUUAAUUGGUUAGUGCAUCCAUCUGGAUAACGGAGGGUGCGGGUUCGAGUCCCGCCUGAUGCCUGGACCGCAUGGAGUUGUUAUUAAUGUUGAAUUGAGAUGCAGUGUUGAAGAAACAAUGCCUUUAUGAGACGAACUUCUUAGCAAUCCAUGGAUUCACCGUGCUGGCAACACCAGCAUCGUGUGGCAGAAAGAGAAACUCUGAGCAGGUCCCGGGACCCAGCACGCUAAAGCUUCAUCAAGUCAUCCAUGUAAAAGGAUACAGGAAAGAUCAGAUGCCCUUGGAAAAUUAUUUCUUUCAUCCAGCGCAACUUGAUGUAAACUUUUUACUGCUAGGUAAAGAGCGGAUGCUGUACCAAAGGUAACCGUUACAAACUCAAAUUCUUUAAUUUUAUCAUGAGGAUCUUCUCUCCAAACUAUUCUCUGAAAGAUGGCAUCCUCAGCUGCCACUCUUAUUUGGCGAUACAUUUUAACAAUGUCUCCAAUGAUUCCAAUGGGAUAAACUCUCCAACGCAUAACAAUUUUACGUAAAUCUAACUGCAAUUUAGGUCCUAUCAUUAAAUCAUCGUUGAGUGACACACCAUUUUUAUUUUUACAUGAGGCAUCGAAUACCACUCGUACCUUAGAAGUAGUUCUCUCUUCUUUAAUCACUGCAUGGGCUGGAAGGUACCGCCAUAUUUUCAUCCCCUUCUUUCACCGGUCUCAUGUGAUCUAAUUCUAAGUACUCAUUGAUUACCUUUGCAUCUUUAGAAAAUUUUCUUUCUAAUGAUAAAAAUCUUUGCACAGCUAUAUCUCUGCUAUUUCCACCAAUACACCGUAGAAUCUUUUCGCGAAACGGAAAAUUGUGAAUUUUCCGUUUGUAACGUCCAUCCUCUGUUCUCCUUGUAGUUGCUGCGUAUAUUUCCUCGAAUCUUUGUUCUUCUAAGGUAAGUAUUUUCUUUUUAUUAUUUAGCUCAUCCUCAAUCUCCCAAAAUCUUUUUAAUAUAUCACUGUCAUUCAUUUGAGCAUGCAUUACUGUAAUAUCACGAAUUGUGUUCUUUUUGCUUUCAGGUGCACUCCCGGUAUAAUCCAGCCCAAGCACGUGUUCUGAGCAAGUAAAGGUCCAUUUGGAGAUCUCUUAAUACCUUCCAUAACAAUCUGACAAUAGACGUCGGCUCCCAACAGUACGUCGAUUUUAUUCGGCUUAUGAAACUCUGGAUCAGCUAAUUUUAAUUGUCCUAGUUCUAACCAUUCUAAUGAUUGUAAUUUUCUUUCAGGUAUAUUGGACGUGAUUGCCUUCAACACAUAAGCAUGAAUAUUAAUUAUGAUUUUAUUUAUUUUUUAAGCAUUUAACUGCUAGAUGUUUAAAUCUAAAGAAAAGUUUACUAGAAAAAAAAUGAAUUUUAAUGUCAACAUUGGACUCCACUAUAGAUUGCAAAUUAACCGUAACCAUAUAUUUCGAUACAGUUGUCUUAUUUGCACCAAGACCAGACACUACCCCUCUUACUGGAGUUUUCUUUAGCCUUAAGAACUGUACUACAUCCUCUCUAACGAGUUAGCCGAUAAAUUUAAUGAUCCUGUUUUGAAUAAAGAUUCUUAUAAAAGAGCAGCCCUUCAAAAACCAAAACCUUUCCUUUGUAAUGCUAGAUGUCGAUGAGGAUGAGGUUGAACGCUGGGUCUGAAAAACCAUUGCUCGGUUGGUAUAGAUGAAAUUUCAAGUGAGUUACUUUGACAUAUAUAUUUUUAAUUGUUGUCUGAAACAAGGCGUCUUUCCUGAUGCUCUCAAAAUAUCCUUAAUUACUCCAAUAUAUAAAACUGGCAAUAACGAUGCUAUUGAAAACUACAGGCCUAUUUCAAUUCUCCCAACCAUUUCUAAAAUCCUAGAAAAAAAUAUAAAUAACAGACUAAUUAACUAUUUGGAAUCAAAUUAUAUUAUCUCUGACAAUCAUUGGUUUGGUUUUCGCAAGGGAAAAUUUACUAAUGAUGCAGUACUAAGUCUUACUGAAUUUCUCACUUGCAAUCUUGAUUUAGGUAAAAGAUGUAUAUGUAUAUUUUUUGAUAUGGCAAAAGCCUUUCAUACGAUUUCCAUUCCAAUAGUUCUUGCUAAAUUAGAAAAUAUAGAAAAUCAGAUUAUAUGUCAAAUAGAUAUCAAUGUGUCAAAGUUAAUUCUUGCAUAAGCAAUAAAUUAAAAUUACAGUAUGGAGUUCCACAGGGAAGUAUUUUAGGCCCAACCCUUUUCCUUAUCUACAUCAAUGAUCUUUUGCAUCUGGAGCUUCCCAAUGGUAAAAUAAUUUCCUACGCAGAUGAUAUAGUUGUUCUUUUUAGUGCACAUGAUUGGGAUAGUGCUUUUGGUGAUUCUCAGGUUGGUAUGAAUGCUGUUCAGAAAUGGCUCACAACCAAUAGACUUUUGCUAAAUGUAGAUAAAUCUAAAUAUAUUAAAUUUUCGAUAAAAAAUCACCAAAAUUGUAAUACUAAUUAAAAAAUUAGAUUUCAUACUUUCUUGACUGACAAUAUUGUUAACCAUGAAAGUUGCUGUUCUUAUUUAGCCAUGGAAUCUGUUUAAUCUAUUAAAUACCUUGGUAAUAUCAUAGAUGAAAAUCUCAACUUCUACAAAUACAUUGAUCAAUUAUCGACAAGAAUUCGUAAGUUGAUGCCUAUUUUUAAGAAUAUACGUCAUGUUCUGGAACCACAUCGUCCAUACUCAUAGAUGCCUUGCUUUUAAAAUGAAUUGCCACCUAUUGAUCUUUUCAUUUAUGAGAUACGUAUUUAGUUUACUUUUAUUCAGUAACAUAUUGAAAAUGGUCCCCAUUUAACAAUAAAUCAAUGGGAUCUGAGUUGGUCAUCACCUUGGUUUUUUCUUUAUUUAACUCCAGGCCUACUUCAAUACUAAUUGUAGCUAAAUCUUGGAUCAUAGUUUCAAGCUUCUUUGGAUCCUCUUUGAACAAAACUAUAUCGUCCGCAAACCUGAGAUGGUUAAGUCGACAGCCGCUGAUGUUUAGGCCAAAGUUUUCCCAAUCCAGUUUCCUGAAGAUGCUUUCAAGAACAGCUGUAAAGAGCUUAGGAGACAGAGGGUCCCCUUACCUUACACCCUUGCAUAUAGGGAAUGGGUGGCCAAUACAUUCUAAUUUUAUGCUACUUAUGCUUUGUUCAUACAGGUUUUUAAUUUACUCCUUGUUGCUUUAAACUUGACCAUAUGAAGUGGUGGUUAAUCGUGUCAAAUGCUUUAGAGUAGUCAAUGAAAGCAAGGUACACCGGUUUUUGGUAUUCAUUGUAUUUCUGAAUAACUUGCUUCACAGUGUGAAUAUGGUCGAUAGUACUGAAGUUUUUCCUAAGCCCUGCUUGCUCUACUGGUUGGUUCUCCUCUAGCGUUUUUGAUAGUCUAUCUAGUAUCACUUUAGCGAACACUUUAUAUACAUUUGACAUCAAGCUUAUUGGCCUGUAGUUACCAAUCUCAUCUUUGGCUCCUUUUUUGUGAAUGAGUAUGAUGUGAGAUUCGCACCACUGUUUCGGAAUGAGUUCCGUGCGUAAGACAUCGUUGAAAAUUGGUGCCAAAAUUGGGCUUAGAUCCACAUGAGUUCCUCUCAUUAGCUCAUUAGGGAUUCUGUCAGGGCCAGGUGCCUUUUCUAGUUUCUGGGAGUUGAUAGCUUUCUCAACUUCUGCAGAAAGUAUAACUGGAACCUGGUUUUCUUCGAUUUGAGUUUUAGAGGUUUCAAAGUUGUAUUUCGUGGUAGUGUGAUGAUCAGAGUAUAGUGAGCGAUAAUAGUUGGUAGCUAAUCUUUGAAUUUCUUUGCGUUUUGUAAUGUCCCUCAGGUUUUUCUUCAUUUUAGGGAUCCAAUCUUUACCUUUUUCUCUAAGAACAUUUAAUGCUUUCUUUACACCACCAGUCCUUGCAAUGUGCUUUUCUUGUGUUUGUGAUCUCCAUGAAUGUCUAUCUUUUUUCAUGCUUUCUCUUAUUUGUUUGCUUAAAUUGUAUCUGGGUCAAAUUAUUUCUUUUAGUGACCUUUCUUCUUUAUGACUAACGAAAUCAACAAGAGAAUAGCCUAUGGUUGGAAGAAAUACUGGUUGAUGAAGGAAAUAAUGAAAAGCAAGAGUCUGGGGAUCCACAUUAAAAGGAAAGUUGUAUUUUACCGUGUUUGACCUACGGGUGUAAAUCUUGGUCUUUAAUGACGCAGCUAAGGGAUUAGCUGACUCAUUGUCAACGGGCUAUGGAGAGAAGUAUGUCAGGAGUAAGUCUAAGGGAUAGAAUAAGAAGUGAGGAUCUAAGAUCUAAAACGCAAAUAACAGACAUUCUAUCUAGAGUGGACAAACAAAAAUGGAGGUGGACGGGCCACUUGCUGAGAGGUACCAUAGACAAAUGGAGCAAGUGAGUGACAGUCUGGUAUCCUAGAGAUGGAAAGCGUAGGAGAGGACGCCAGUUUAGAAGAUGGGAGGAUGACAUCAGCUGUACUCUGGGUGCGUAUUGGGCAAGAGUUGCAGCUGACAGAGGUGAAUGGCGUCGGUUAGAGGAGGCAUUUGCCAAAAGGCACACAGAACUCUGUGACUUAUUGUAAAAUGUAUAAUCAAUGUUAUGUUAAGAAAGUUUUGAAAUAAAGGCUAUUUUAUUUUAUUUUAUUUAUUUAGUCUACUUUAGCAUUCUCAUGUCUGUGGGGGUUUAUGGCGCUGAAUGCUGAAAUACAGGCAUUGCCUAGUUCAGCAGCAGAGGCUAAUUAAUUAUACUUUCUGUAUAACUUUUAUUUCUGUUUAACUGUUUUGAAGACCUCCAUGGCCGAGUGGUUUGUACGCCAGGUUUCAUGGUGUCGCUGACUCAAGAGGUCCCGGGUUUGAAUCCCGGGCAGAUGUUUGCCUGAUGAAUACAAGCAUUUGUACUCCAGUCAUGGAUUUUUAUAUGUAUUUCUAUAUAAAUAUAUUUAUAUAUGUAAUGUUUAUGUAUUCUAUCCGUUACCCUAGCAUCCCAUAACACAAGCCUUACAGUACUUACUUUGGGGCUAGGCUAAUUGGUGGGAGUGUUGGAAAUAUUUAUUUAUUAUUCAUUUAUUUAUAACUAGUGCUAAGUUUGUUGCGUAAUCUUACUGUACUGUUUUUAUGGUCAAUACAUCUUAUUAUUAUUAUUAAUACUUGUUGGCAAGAAAACUGAUGAUUCCCCGUCUGACGCUGUCAUGCGACCAAUAAAUUUUGGACAUUUUUUAUUUCAAAAUAAAAUCAAAAACAUGGUCAACAACGGCGUUAAGCGGAGAGGCAAGAAUAGGAUCUUGGUGGAACUUAAGUCAAUCAUGGAUGCAAAUGCUUUCAUCAACCAUUCUUCCAUCGCUAAUGCUGGGUAUGAAGUUAUUAUUUCCAGGUAUAGCAUCAAAAGGAUGGGAUGUGAUUCAGCAGGUUCCAGUGGAGUGGAGUUUGGCAGAACUUGUGGACUCCCUAGAGAUACUAACAGGAUUUGGACCUCUGGGUCAGUGACACCAUGAAACCCGACAUACAAACCUCUCGGCCAUGGAGGUUGUUUAACAUUACCUGAGCUAUAGAAGAAUACUUACUUUACUUUUUUCUAAAUCUGCACAAUCAAAAUCUUUCUUUCCCAUAAAAAGCUUCACAUAACGACUCUGCAUACCAUUUUUGAAUAAAGCCUCUGCUAUAAUAGUUGAAGCAUAGUUUUUUCCAAUACCAGACCAACCAUGCAAACUUAUUACCAAAGCCUUCCGAUUUCUUUUAUUCACAUCAUAUACAGCUUCCUUAUGUGCAGUCAAAAUAUUAACCAAUUCAUUAACCAAUGGCUGACCAAACAUUUUUUGGGAUAUUGAGUUAUGCAACU